AAUCCCUUCAUCCACACAAGUACCCCCCCUCCAAACUACAACUUCUACUAUCCAAAAUUUUAGAAGUAUUUUUUGUGGGUUUGAUCAGAGAUGGGUUCCAAGGGCAUUAAUGCAUCACUCACUUUGUUUCUCUUGCUCAACCUUCUCUUCUUUACCUUUGUGAGUGCAUGUGGGACUUGUCGAUCAAACCCAAACCCAAGUCCAAACCCAAACCCAAACCCAAGGCCAAGUCCCAACCCUACUACUCCCAGUAGUGCCACUACUUGCCCCAGAGAUGCCCUAAAAUUAGGUGUCUGUAUUGAUUUGCUUGGUGGAUUGAUCAAUGUUGUUGUGGGUACUCCUCCAACGGCUCCUUGCUGCAGUCUCAUUCAAGGCCUUGCUGAUCUUGAGGCUGCUGUUUGCCUUUGCACUGUCAUCAAGGCAAAUAUUUUGGGCAUCAACCUCAACAUCCCUCUCUCCCUCUCCUUGCUUCUUAAUGUUUGUGGGAAAAAUGUCCCUCGUGGCUUCCAGUGUGCCUAAACCAAACUCCCAUUUUAUCAACCCGGAUCGAAAUCCUAUGUAUGUUAAAUCCCAAUAAAUUACUUCAGAACGAAAAUAUAUAUAGGGAGACCGGAUACAUUCCAGAUGGGGCAGAAACUGAUAUUUCUUAGCUUGGAACUUCUUCCUUUUUUGGAUGUUUUUCUGUAUGUUCGUAGCAUUUGCGUGAUGAAUUCUGUGCUAAGAGUGUACGUAUGGAGUACGCGCGUGUGUUUGAGAUAACAUCUCGUUUCCUUUGGGAUGAUAUUGUUUGUGAAAUUUGAUGUUGUUCGUCCUAAAUAUUGCAGUGAUUAUUUUUAUCAUGGUUCGCUUAUGCAGUAAGUGUAAUCAUUGUAACUUUACAUGGAAUGAAAAAUUACUGGCUUGGAUA